AUGUUUUUGAAAAAACUUUUUAUUUUUCUCUUUUUGACUUUUCAUUUAAAUGCAAGUUUAGUCCUUUCCAGCAGCGCCGAAAGCGCUCCAAGCUUGCCGCUGCAGAUGCAGCAGCAGCAGCAGCAGCAGCAGCAGCAGCAGCAGCAGCAACAGCAGCAGCAGGAACGCGAGAAACUGCGACAGACAGCGCAGCAGGAGCAGACACAGCCGGAGCUGCAGCAGCAGCCGCAGCGGCCGCCGCAGCAGCAGCAGCAACUACCGCAGCAGCAGCAGCAGCAGCAGCAACAGCAGCAACAGCAGCAGCAGCAGCAGCAGCAGCAGCAGCAGCAGUGGCGUCUGGUUGGGGAGGGCGGGCAGCACCUGGUUUGCACGAGCAGCAAAUGUCCCUUUUUAGUCUUCAAAUUCAAAAAAGAUAAAUGCGCAUGCAAGUGGAUAAUUGCUGCUCAAUCUGCUGCUCAUCUGCAGCGCCUGCAGCAGCAGCAGCAGCUGCUGCUGCAGCAGCAGCAGCUGCUGCAGCCGCCGCCGCAUCAGUCGCUGCAGCAGCAGCAGCAGCAACAGAAACCAGACUGCAGCAGCAGCUGCUGCUGCAGUAGCAGCAGCAGCAGCAGCCCAAGCGAAUGCGUGUGCUUCGAAUUCAAAGAUGCUGACUGCGGCAGCAGCAGCACCAGCAGCAGCAGCAGCAGCAGCAGAAGCAGCAGAAGCAGCAGCCCUGUCUGGAAGCAAAAGGAAGAAGGCGGGAGAAGCUGCUGUGGGCCUAUCAAAUUUAAGGAAGCAGCAGCAGCAGCAGCAAAGACAGCAGCAGCAGCAGCAGCAGCAGCAGCAGCAGCAGCAGCAGCAAAUGAACCUGCAGACAGAAUUACUUUCUUUGGGCUGCCGCUGCAGUAUGUGGAGACCCCCAGGUUAUUCUGCGCAUCCAAAUUGCUGCUGCAGCAGCUGCCCCUGUCUGCAGCAGCAGCAGCAGCAGCAGCAGCAGACACAAGACAAGCAGCAGCAGCAGAGGAUGCUGCAGCUGACAAGCUUGCAGCAGCAGCGGGCACGCCGCUCGCAGCAGCAGCCGAAGCAGCCUCAGCACCAGAAGCAGCAGCAACAGCAGCAGCAGCAGCAGCAGCAGCAGCAACUGCUGCUGCUGCUGCAGAGGGUGCAUUUGGCUGCGCACUGCCUGUUGGGUGCAUGCGGCAGCGUGGCUCAUCAACGCCUGAUGCAGCAGCAGCAGCAGCAACAGCAGCAGCAGCAGCAGCAGCAGCAGCAGCAGCUGACCGCAGCAGCAGCAGCGACAUGAGCCACACCAGCAAAAGGGGCUUCUGGAAAGCGACUGCAGCAGCAGCAGCAAAAGGAAUAAAAGAAAGGAAUGAAAUAAAAGAAGCAAAUGAAACAGCAGCAGCAAAUGCAGCAGCAGCAGCAGCAGCAGCAGCUCAGCAUACACCCCACGGUGUCUGCCCGAGCUGCAGCAAAAGGCUCUGGGCGAAGGCAACUCGCGGUGUACGUACACCUGAAGCAAGUGCAUGCAGACUGCAGCAGCAGCACAGCAGCAAGGACGCAGCAGAAGCAGCAGCAGCAGCUGCUGCUGCUGCAACUGCUGCAGCAUCAGCUGUAGCAGAAGCAGCAGCAGCAGCAGCGACGAAGCCAGCAGCAGGAGCAGCAGCCGGAGCGGCAGCAGCAGCAGCCGAAACGGCAGCAGCAGCAACAGCGGAUGCCGCGCCAGCAGCAGCAGCAGCAGCAGCAGCAGCAGAUGCUGUGCGUCCAGGCAUUUGCUGCUGCAGCAGCUGCGUCUCCUUUUCUGUGGAGACAAACUUUAUAAACCUUCCAAAGGCACUGCAGCAGCUGCUGCAGCAAACAGGAGCAGCAACCGGCAGCAACGCAGCAGCAGCAGCAGCAGCAGAGCCAGCAGCACCAGCAGCUACAGAGCCAGCAGCGCCAGCAACAGCAACAUCAGCGCCAGAAGCAGCAGCAGCAACACCAGCAGCAGCAGCAGCAGCGCCACAAGCAGCAGCAGCAGCGCCAGCAGCAGCAGCAGCAGCAGCAGCAGCAGCAGCAGGUGUGCGUUACAUCUGUGUGGAAGUGAAGCCAAAAUGUGGCCUUAAGGAAACGCCCGAGGGAAUGCGAAGCAGAUUUCAGCUGCAGCAGCAGUACAAACUGCAGCAGCACAAGCAGCAGCAGCAGCAGCAGCAGCAGCAGCAGCAGCACGAACAGCAGCAGCAGCCGGAGUUUGUUUGCUCUGGAUACGAGCCCGAGUUGUUUUUUGCUGGCAUUGACAAUAUGGAUUUGCUGCUGCAGCAGCUGCAGCAGCUGCAGCAGCAGCCGCAGAACAAUCUCCGCGUCUUCAUAGACGGAGAAGCAGCAGCAGCAGCACCAGCAGCAGCAGCAGCAGCAGCACCAGCAGAGGCAGCAGCACAAGGUCUCUUGGUGCUGCCGCCUCCUCCCCAAGCAGCGUUGCUGCAGCCAGCAGAAGCAGCAGCAAAGGCAGCAGCAGCAGCAGCACCUGCUGCAGCAGGAGGAGCAGCAGAAGCAACAGCAGCAGCAGCAGCAGGUGCUGGCGCUGUUGAUUUGCUGCCUGUUGUUGCUCAUGUGCUGCAGCAGCAUUGGCGGCUGUUUGCUGCUGUGCUGCAGCUGCAGGCCCUAGCAGCAGGGCAGCACGAGAUUGCGCUGCAGCUCCUGACGCAGCUUGUGCAGCAGCAGCAGCAGCAGCAGCAGCAGCAGCAGCAGCAGCAGCGGCAGCAGCAGCAGCGGCAGCAGCAGCAGCAGGCUGUGAGAUCGAGAGCAGCAGCAGCAGCAGGGGUUCCUCUAGCAAGAAAACUUUGGAGAAAGAGAGCAGCAGCAGCAGCAGCAGCUCGGCGGGCAGCAGCAGCAGGGCGGCCGCGGAACGGAGAUGCAGCAGCAGCAGCAGCAGCAGCAGCAGCAAAGCCUUCAGCAGCAGCAGCAGCAGCAGCAGCAGAGCCGCGAAGCAAUUCAUCCUGCUGCUCCCUAAGGCCUCUUUGCUGCUGCUGCUGGCUAAACUUGGACAACUAUUUGGAAGCGUUCUCCAAGGUGUCUGUACACCACAGCAGCUUUGCUGCUGCUGCUGCUGCUGCGCGGCAGCAGCAGCAGCAGCACAAAAAGACUGCUGCAGCAGCAGCAGCAGCAGCAACAGCAGCAGCAGCAGCAGCAGCAGCAGCAGCAGCAGCGCAGCAAACGCGCUGGCUGGCAGCGUGUAAUCUGCAGCGGGCAGCGGCUACCGAAUUGCCAACCCGAAUUCAAGUUGAAUAUAAAGCCAAACUGCAGCAGCAGCAGCAGCAGCAGCAGCAGCAGCAGCUGCAGCAGCUGCAGCAGCUGCAGCAGCAGCAGCAGCAGCAGCAGCAGCAAAAUGAGAGAAGCAGAAGCAGCAGCAAUCCAGUGGCUCUGCCGCUUUCUGCUGGGGCGCGCAGCAAUGGACAGCUGCCGCAGCUGCAGCAGCGCAUGCAGCAAGAGGGUUUUGCUGAAAUGGACUCUUUGGGGUUUUGCCGCGGCUACCAAAAAGUCCAUUUGAUUGAUUUUGACUUCAAACCCAUCCACAAAGUCUACAAGUGGGCUCAGGCGCUGCGGCGGCUGCAGCAACUUGACGCAGGAGAGAGCAGCAGCAGCAGCAGCAGCAGCAGCAGCAGCAGCAGCGGCAGAAAGCAGCAGCAGCUGCAGCAAGAGCUGCAGCAGCAGCUGCAGCAAGAGCUGCAGCAAGAGCUGCAGCAAGAGCUGCAGCAAGAGCUGCAGCAAGAGCUGCAGCAAGAGCUGCAGCAAGAGCUGCAGUAG